AAAACGUAUUUACCUAGGGCUCUGUGUGACGGGAUAACACUGGCGCGAAUCUAUCGGCAUUCAGUACGCCGUAUCUCUGCCGGUGACGAGCAUCGACUACUCCUCUGUCUCUCUUUCUCUCAUUCCCAAGGAACCAGUGGAAUAUUGAUAACUCCCGACCAUCGCAGUCUGGUACAUAAAUGUGAGAUUUUAUAGUCGAUCUUCUCAUCUUGUUCCCAGCUUUUUCUGCAAGUAGAUCAUCUAGGUUUUACCCAUCGUCGAGGAACAUUGGAAAGAUCAGCACAAUCCAAGCCAUCUAGCGCAUGUCAGUAGUUUUCUCGCAGACGACAUCGCAUCUCGGUGAAUUUAUGCUCUAAUACCCAAAUCGGAUUACGCGCUUUAUUUCAUCGUUCAAAAUCAUCUCCUAAACAACCCCUCGCUCCAUUUCUGGAUUAAUCUUUUUAAAAGGACAAUCUUCUCUUUGAUUUAAGCCAACUGAACGCUAAACACACAGCACCAUGCAAGGGCAAAAGGAUACCACGUUCACCAAAAUAUUUGUCGGCGGCCUGCCGUACCACACCACGGAUAAAUCUCUCCGUGAUCAUUUUGAGAUCUAUGGCACCAUCGAAGAGGCAGUCGUCAUCACAGAUAGGACGUCGGGAAAGAGCAAAGGAUACGGAUUUGUAACCAUGUCUGAUCAGAGAGAAGCCGAGACAGCGACGAAAGAAGCCAACCCCAUCAUUGAUGGCAGGAAAGCAAACGUCAAUCUGGCCUUCCUUGGAGCUAAGCCCAGGAAUAACCCAACCACAAAUGGAGUUGACAUCCGGGCAUUAGCGGCCAUGCGAAAUGUUGCAGGAAACCCGUUCCAGCAGACGGCAAUUUUCCAAUCAUCGCCCUAUGGAUCUGAAACUUGGAGAGAGGGGGAAUUGAGCACAAGGUAUGUGAUAAGACUUCCUAGGCAAAUCUCAUUUAUUCUUCUUGACAUCCUACUCUAGGCUUGUCAAUUCCAA